CAAUGGACCAAAUAGCAAUUUUGCCUCUUAGAACGUGUAGAGAACAAAAAUUGGAGAAAAAUUAUUGUGAUCCGUACAUGAAAUAAUGAGCUCAGUGUUAUUAACAUCUAGUACAAAGAAAUAGCGAAUUCAAAGCUGUUGGAGUGUAGUGCGAAGACUUGUGCCAUGGCAGCACCUAAAUUUAAUUAUGCGUACCUUGUAGGAAAGUGGUCUCCCUUGACAACUUAAACACCUCACCCCACCCAGUCAAUGCAAGUCCUCCUUGCUUCUGCUCCUGCUCCUGCUCCUGCUCCGUUGUUAUAGUUAUAAACAUCCACCACCAACUCCGACGCCCUUCCUACCAAAUCCAUGGCCACCACCGCUGAAUUUUCGUAUCUUUCUUCAUUGCCGGCUGGUUUUGUUUUCCGUCCCACGGAGGAGCAGCUCAUUACCCACUACCUGAAGAACAAGAAUGAUGGCAACGAGUCUGUUGUUAGUUUUAUCAAGGAGAUUGAUCUGUACAAGUUCGAACCCGAGCAACUCCCAGACAAAUCGUUCAUCCCGUCUGAUAAUUUUGAGUGGUUUUUCUUCCGGGCCAACACCUUGGACAUUGAAAGAACCACGGGUACUGGCAGCUGGAAAUCCACCGGUGAACCCCGCCCAAUCAAGGCUCGAGGAGCCAAUGAAGUGAUCGGAAGUAGAGAAAUCUUCGUGUUCCAUCGAGGGCGGGGAGCCAAGGGUGUAAAGACCAAUUGGGUGAUCGAGUAUAGGCUUCACCCAGACACUAAAAUCCCUUCCCAGCACCCAUUCCUCAUUUUUAAAUUGAAGGAUAACAAUGCAGAUGGAGAGAAGAAAAUCACACAGAAGCCUCGAGCUUGAACUUCUGAAAAUCCAGAUAAUGCCAUACAGAACUUCUGAAAAUACUGCGUAGAGUGCUCAGACGUGUAAAGGUAUACGAAGAAAGUAAACCACAAAACGCCCCAUUGCCGAGGAAACCCGGAAGUACAAAUGUGACCCCAUCCAAGCUUCAAGGGGAUAACACACGUACACAACUUGUGAACCAACCCCAGCCAUCUACCAAGCGCAUUCACCACAACUCCAGUCAACACCCACUGGUCUGUUUUGCGAAAGCAUUGCUAGGUAUCGUGAUGUUAGUAAUGUUUGCCUGAGACAUGGUGCUAUACCGACUCAGGCGCUAAAUAUUAGCAUGAAGCAUUGUCUCAAUCUCGGCUUAAGCUUUUUCAUAUCAUGUAUCUAUCUUCUGCCUCACAGGUCUUGUAUUGAUUA